AUGGCUAUAGCACCGAAAGACCCUAUACCAAAUCAAGAAAGAGAAAGGGUACAGAACUUGGAAAAGUCAAUACAAAAAGGUCGUGAAAAACUUGGUCUUUUAACAGAUGAUGAAUUAGUUGGUACUGUUUGUUUGGUUAAUUGUGAACCCAAGUUCAAGGGUGGGUAUUUUCUUCACAAUAUUCAAAAUGCAAUUUUCAAUGCUGCUACAUUCGAUCCCAGAACUUCAUUUAGCUUCAAAAAAGAUGAAGUGUUUGAUAUAAUUGAACCUCGAAAUGUUGGGUAUAAAAGAAUUACGUUAAAAUUGAAGAUAAAAGAUUAUCCAACUCUGAAAAAUAAAGAAGAUGUGGAAAAUAUUAAAUCGUUUCUCGAGUCAAAAGAUUUAUGUGUUAAAUUUCAUAUUAAAGAAGAACUUGAUAUUUCCCAAGUGUUGGAUUACUUCAAUGAAUUUGGCGUCCCAAAGUCUGAUGCUCAAAUUGAUGAUAAAAUAGCAAAAGUCAAUAGACAAAGAGUUCCGUUGUUCAUCUUAAGUAUGUAUGAUAUAUCAAAUGCACUUAAAUUAGAGAUGUUAAUGCAAUUAUUAAUGUUCUAUUCAAAUUCGAUAAAGAAUAUGAAGAUUGAUCACUUCAUAUUAUGCUUUAAAGUUGUUCAAAAGCAAAAAUCAGUGUUUGUUAAUUAUAAUGAGUCGAAGAACUCUGAUCGGAACUCCACUUACUGUUUCAUUCCCAAAAAGACCAAGAGUUCAGAUGCAAUUGAGACUCAGUCGACUAAGGAACAUGAUAAAAUAUCAGCAGCUGAAAAUAUGAUCCAGAAUAGACCUUCUAUCUUUCAACAAGUUCAUCUUACUAAUCCAAAAGUAUCAUUUUACCGAUAUUAUCACUCUGUUUAUGAUCUAAGCUGCUCAAAUAAUUCAUUACCAACUAAUGACCCUAAUAAUCAAGUGCCCAAUCAGACCUAG